AUGGCAGAGAACGAGAUGGAGGUCGCACAAACCCCAGAGCUUGAUACCAGCAAUGAAGUUGCAGCUGAUGCAAACGAAGGAGAUCACGGCGGGAGGAGGAGGAGGAGGCAAGCGGCAUCAGAUGCUCUGCCGCCCGUGAACGAUCCUGCCGUUGAGAGCAGAAGGAGGCGCGGAGUCUUGAAAGCAAACAAGGUUUUGCCAGAGGAAGAGGGGGCAGACAAGUCGAGGAGAAAGAGGAAAGUGAAGCUUGAAAGCAAGCAGACGCCUUCAGACACCAACGUUAAUCCUCCUGUUGAAGAGGGAGAGCCUCAAAAGCCGGCCAAUGGUAACGACAUUUUGAAAGGAGUUGAUGAGCAUCAGGCCGAGGAAAAAUGCCAGCAGGGAGAUCCGCCGCAAGCAUCGAACGAGUUCUGGGACUUGUGCAUGGUGAUCGAUGUUGCAGCUCAUGUCUCGACAUUCGGCGGAGAACACACAGUCCAAGAAAAAAUGGCUGAGGCCGAGAGAGAGAUCAGUGGCUUCCUCCAGCUGCUACGCGAGGUCGGGGUCCAGCACACGGAGUAUGAAGUGAUCGACGAGCAUCAAGGAGUGUGCGGACCUGUGAUGAUCCUUUGCACUGCCAGUCAGAGUGAAUUCGAGGAAGAAGCAGAGAUCAUGACGCUGAGCAAGCCUCUCAUCCUCAUCCCGGAGGCUCAGGAGGUGAAGAGAGGAGGAGGAGGAGGAGGAGGAGGUGGUGGUGGUGGUGGAGAAAAGUCGGCUUACUCGCACAAGUACUUCAGUGCUUGCGAGCGGCAGUACCUCCUCGAGCACAUGAUCGAGUCCAAAAUUCGUCUGGCCCUCCACGAGAAGAUUCUUGCCCCUAAAACCGUCAUCGACUUCUUCCCGCUGCAUGAAGACGACGGGGAGAACAAGAACUAUCGUGACUUGUCGUGGCUGCGUCAGAACUGGGCGAUUCCCCUGCGAACCCAACGCUUGCUCGCUCCUCUCAAGAUCUUGUCAAAUCCGCACAUCGGCAUGGAAGAGCCGAUCGAGGAGGUUCGAGACUAUUUCGGCGAUCAGAUCGCCAUGUACUUUGCCUUCCUCAGUUUCUACACGCGAUGGCUUAGCUAUCCUGCCAUCGUGGGCCUUGCAUUCCAGAUCUGGAUCUCAGUAUCGGGAACAGACAACUGGGCGCUUGUUGCCUACUGCGUGUUCAUCACGUUCUGGGGAUGUCUCAUGAUUAAGUACUGGGAGCGAAAGCAGAGCUCCUAUGCCUACUACUGGUCAACGAGUGACCUCGCCAACAGACCAAAGGUCCGGCGAGAAUUCUUUGCGGCAAUCGACAAGCUGCAAGGGCCCUCCGAAGAGAAUCAAAUCUUCUCCUCCAACCUCUCCCCACUCGAGGCGAGGGAGACUAGAGUUCUUCGGAGGAAUAAGAAGACAGGACAGAUGGAGUACAAGUAUCCCAAGUGUCUGCGCCUGCAAGUGUACUUCCUUUCCUUCGGCUUUUCAAUGACGCUGCUGGGUUGUGUGUGUAUCUUCUUCAUCUACUUCUACCUCAUCAACGUCAUUGCAAGCUACUGGGAUUGUCAGAAAGGAGCUAUCAUCGGCGCCAUCGUUCAUUCAUCUUUGAUCAUCAUCACAAGCACCAUCUAUCGUAAAGUUGCCAUCAUCAUCAACGACUGGGAAGUUCACCGCACCGACAUCAAGUACGAGAACAGUCUGAUCCUGAAGAUCUUCCUGUUUGAGUUCUGCAACAACUUCCUCUCUAUGAUAUGGAUUGCUUUCUUCUCCCUCUACUUCUGUCAAGACAUCCCGGCCAUGCAGCAAACCCUCACAGGCAUUAGCCCCGAAAACCAGUGCAUCGACACUUCCACCAUCAAGACAUGCGGGAAUGAGACGCGCAAGUCUCUUUUCAAUCAGCUUCAGAUCAAGCUCGGAACUCUCUUUAUCACCAGAAUGAUCGUCGGCAACAUUAGCGAGCGAGGCAAACGAAAGGAGGAGGAGGAGGCAGGCGCCAACCUUGAGGUUCGAGUGGACGCGCCUGGAAACAAUGAGCCGCUCACCAAGUCUCGAGCAUGGUGGAGGAAGAAGAGUCUUGAAGAGAUGAAUUUGGGUCUGUAUGGUGAUGGAGGUGACGCUUGCACGGUAGACGAUUAUUUGGAGAUUGUUAUCCACGUCGGCCGCUGGCUCAGAGGGUCUCCUCCAUACCCACCACAUGGAUGCACGUGCUCAAGGCCACAGCCCUCGCGAGUGUGAUCACCAACAUUGUCGUAGUGUUUGAGACUGCUUCGAGUGUGCUGGGAGCCUUCAAUCUCUCGGUGAACUCGGAGAGCAAGUGGAUAGUCGCGUUUGUCUUCGAGCAUAUCAUCGUCUUCGUCAUUAUCAUCAUAUUCGGCUCCAUCCCGGGCGAGAGCAAAGGCAUCACCAAGCUCAAGGCUCUCUCCAACAACAUCAAAGAUUUUGUCCUCACUCAGAUGGGACGGGAGACAAGAAUGCAGCACACCUCCAUGACCCCCAACGCGAUCGCGAAGAUGAGGUUGCAACUUAUCACAAGAACCUCUGGCUAGGAGUGGCCGAAACCUGCUGAAGUUUGUUGAAUGUUUAAAAAGUCAGUCUGAAAUUUCUCUUAAAGUAUGAAUAGUUUGUUUCAAAGUGUGAAUGAUUCGUUUUAAAAUGCUGAAUAACCCC